AUGCGCGCUGCCGUCAUGACGGGGCCGUAUCAAGUUCAUAUUGAUCAGUUUCCAGUGCCACGCAUCAUCAAUACGACUGGCGCAGUAGUUCGGUUCACAACUUCGGCGCAUUUUGGUUCAGACCUGCACCGUUAUCAUGGCUAUAUAGGAGGGGAGCCACCGUUGGGAUUUAUUGAGUUCAUUGGUAGUGAUGCAUCACAUUUAGCGGUGGGACAAUAUGUCAUCAUUCCAGAUAAUGGCGCUACUGGACACAUCGAUAUGGGAGUUGCGACUGGACCUCGCAUGGGCCUAGCCUUCGGAGGUCUUAACGGAGGUCUCCAAGCUCCUUACGCCCGAGUACUGUUCGCCGACAUGGCUCUUAUCCCCGUCCCCUUGACCGCCGAGACCACCAACACCAGCAUCGAACAAGACUACCUGACCGUUUCCGAUGUCUUCUCCAUCGGAUGGAUUGCUGUCACUAGAUCCGGCUUUGAGCCCGGCGACACUGUUGCUGUAUUUGACGCUGGUCCCGUGGGCCUGUUUGCUGCGUACUCCGCCAUACUUCGCGGGGCAUCUCGGGUGUACAGUGCAGACCAUGUCCCCAUGAGACAUGAGAAGGCCGCAUCCAUCGGAGCCGUGCCCAUCAACUUCAUGGACAGUGAUCCUGUACAGCAGAUUCUCGCAUACGAGCCCGGUGGUGUCAUCCGAGCCGCCGACGCCGUCGGUAUGGAAGCCAUCACUGCCAACGGUACAAUGCAGCAAAACAUCGUGCUGAAUCAGAUGGUCGAACUCGUCGCUGCAGGGGGCGGAAUUGGCCAGAUUGGAAUCUACCUGGCCCAACCAAACACUGGCUUCGUGGCUAGCGCAUCUAUCGACAUUGAGGAAGUCCCUACGUACUAUGAGCGGUUGAGCAAUCAACAGGAGCUCAAGGUAUUCAUCAAGUUCCCUUGA